CUUCAUAUGUGAGAUUCCAAUAAGAACUUUGAGUAUUAACAAUGGCUUUCACAAGCUUCUCUUGUCAACUUACGACUCCCAUUUCGGUUCGACGAUCGAAAGACCUUCAAGCUUACGCAACCAUCAACCAUGUCAAACCCUACACGAAAAAGGGUUUUAGCCAUGCGUCUCAAUUUCCCUCCGUUUUCAAACCUUCUAAACUAUUUAUCGCUACCGAUCACUCAAUUCAACUUAGAGACGGAGUUAUCACGUCGUCUUUCAAUGUUAAUGCUAAUUCUACGGUCGUUGACGAAGAUGGCCAUCCAAUUUCAGCUGAGGAGUCUGAUCUCGACCGUCCGACCAAAGGGUUUUCGUCUAUCGAGGAAGCUAUCGAGGAUAUCAAAUUGGGAAAGAUGGUGGUGGUUAUUGACGAUGAAGAUAGAGAAAACGAAGGAGAUUUGAUAAUGGCGGCGGAGGCGAUGACGUCGGAGGCAAUGGCGUUCAUCGUAAAACAUGGAACAGGGAUUGUCUGUGUCGGAAUGAAAGGGGAAGAUCUUGAGAGGUUGAAGAUACCAUUAAUGGUGGAUGACAAGCAUAAUGAAGAGAUGCUCUCCACUGCUUUUACUAUCACAGUGGAUGGAAAAAACGACACAACGACCGGAGUUUCGGCGAGCGAUAGGACGGCGACGGUGAUGGCAUUGGCAUCAAAACACUCCAAACCUUCCGAUUUUAAACGGCCUGGCCAUAUCUUCCCCCUCCGGUGCAGAGAAGGCGGGGUUUUGAAGAGGCCAGGUCACACGGAAGCCUCCGUCGAUCUUGUCGAGCUCGCCGGGUUUAACCCUGUCGGAAUUCUUUGCGAGAUCGUUGACGACGAUGGCUCCAUGGCUAGGCUCCCAAAGCUUCAGGACUUUGCUCGCCUCCAUAAUCUAAAAAUCAUCUCCAUUGCAGACUUAGUCAGGUACAGGAGGAAGAGGGAGACAUCAAUUGAGCGGGUUGGAGCUCCGACAAGAAUGCCGACAACAUGGGGAACAUUCAAUGCCUAUUGUUACAAAUCCACCAUAGAUGGCAUUGAGCAUAUUGCAAUGGCCAAGGGCGAUCUUAGUGACGGAGAUGACGUUUUAGUUCGGGUGCACUCAGAGUGUUUCACUGGUGACAUAUUUGGAUCAGCCAGAUGUGACUGCGGGAAGCAGCUAGCUUUAGCAAUGCAACACAUCGAGGCAGCAGGAAAAGGAGUGUUGGUUUAUCUUCGAGGGCAAGAAGGAAGAGGCAUUGGUUUAGGCAACAAGCUUCUUGCGUAUAAUUUACAAGAUGCCGGGAGGGACACUGUUGAAGCCAACGAAGAUCUAGGAUUGCCAAUCGAUUCUAGAGAUUACAGCGUCGGUGCACAAAUUCUAAGAGAUCUUGGAGUAAGAACAAUGAGGCUAAUGACGAACAACCCAGCAAAAUACGUAGGGCUAAAGGGAUAUGGAUUGACAGUUUCGGGUAGAGUUCCUCUCGUAACGCCAAUUACUAAGGACAACAAAAAAUACCUAGAAACUAAACGAGCCAAAAUGGGUCAUGUUUAUGGCUUGGAAUUCAACGGUGGAUUAAGAACCCUAAUGGAUGCCCAUAAAAAAUCCGACGCUAGUGUCUCGAGUGAUGCUUUAGCUAAUUAAGGGUAUAUCUGGAAUAACUUUUCGUGUCAAAAUAACGACUCAUAAUCGUUACAAAGUUAUUCCAAACGAGUCCUAUCUUCUUUGUCGCUAUUCUAUCUCAAGUGAAAACCCGAAAAAAUUCCAUAUUUAACGCAUUCGAGACGACUUCUCCUUAUCCAACCA